GUCUUCAAUUUGGUCAAUUCGAGGUACGGUAUUGCCAAAUUUGUGGGACGCUGAAAUGAAGUUACUGGUUGCUAUAUUGGUGGUUGCUGUGGCAUCCACAGCCUCAGCUAAUAUUUAUCGUGUUGAGCUGCAGGAGUCGCACUUUGCCUAUCAGCUUAAAAGCUUCCGACAGGCAUUAGACGAAUGUGCGGAGACUCUUGAAAUACCUCUAGAAGCAGUGGACCGAUUAGUGGCUUUUAAUUUCAUUACUCACGAACGGGAUUUGAAGUGUUUGAUCCGUUGUGCCGGCAUUAAUUUGGGCUGGUGGAGUGACAUAACCGGGGUGCGCGCUCCGGUGCUCGAGAGUUACUUCCAGCCGGCAUGUGGCGAUGUUGGAUACCGUAGACGCACACACGAAUGCAUCGAUGCGAAGCUAGUGAUUUGUCAGGACGAUUGCUCGAAGGCUUAUGAAUCGUUCCUGUGUUUCUUCCAUCAAUACGGAAAUCUCAAGUGUUCUGAAGAGUACAUCCCACUAUCUCAGUUGGAAGCCGUACAGGCUGCCAUUGAUUGUAUCAACGUCCUGCAAAUUCCCCGUGAGCUACUCGAGCAAUACAUUAGUGGAGUGAUUCCCGAUGUUCCUGCCACCCACUGUCUGUUCCGCUGUCAAUACUUGGCCGAGGGAUUGUACGACAGUCAGUAUGGACUUAAUUUGACGCGUUUCUACAUCCGUCACCACGACUACCCAUCGUUGGACUUCUUGACCGAAAACAUGAAGGCUUGCACUGAGUUGGCUCUGCGAGAGAACUGUGACGAGUGUGCAAGGGUAUUCCAGGCGAAAAAGUGUUUCGCAGGAUGUAGUGAGCCAGCCCACACUAUCGAGAUUUUGCGACAAGCUUCCGCAAUACUUCUUGGCUGUGACGCACCGUUGAUUAGUCCAGUGAUCAAAUUGGCCGGUCCGAAACCAUUGCUGGCCCCACCACUACCCCCACUCGCACCACCUCCGCCACCACCGUUCCUUGCCGGCCCCCAACCGUUCCAUGGACCAGCACCGAUUGCGCCCGCACUUCCCAUUGGCCCCCCGCCAGCAGUGCUUCCAUCACCUGCAGCCCUUUUACCACCAAUACCACCACCACCAGCAGCAGCUUUAACUCAGAGUUACUACCAGACGUACCAAGCACCACCUAGACCGAUUUGCAGACACUGCAAUAACGCGGUUCCAAAGUGCAAGUACUGUAAGAAGUAAGUUGUAAUAGAAUGAAUUGUUAGGGGUGCGGUUCAUUGUUACUUGUUAAUAUGUUUCUAUUUACUUAGUUGAAGGUUUGUUAUACACUAAGGUUUAUCAUUGUUAGUUCGAUACUCUGUUAAAUCUGCAAAUAAUAAAGAUAAUAAAUGCAA